UCUCCAGUCUUGUCGAGAGUUCCGUGGCGGUCGGCGAGCGUUGCGAUUAAUAGCGACUGCACCCGCGAAUCGCAUUCCGAUCUCUCGAUUUUCAGUCCGAAAUCCCGCGUCCGCCGGAUCAGCCUCUCUGCACGGAGAUGCGAUCGCGCCGGUCAUAAAUCGAAAAUCGCUCGGGGAUAGCUUCUCCGCUGCUGGGCCCUACGAUGAACGGUAUCGAGACGACGACGGCGUCGGGACUGUCACUCGUCCGAUGGUACUAGUGUCGAGACGUGUGCCGAAUAUCGGAUUCGCGGAUCGGCGCGCCGCGAUCCGAUCGAUAUCGAUGGAUUUUCUCCUCCCUCCGCCUCCCCCGCGCUCGCGUGCCCCGUCCGUCGAAAAGUGACAUCUCCGUGAGUGACAUCGCUCUCGCGCGCUUUCCGCACUUGUCAAACCGGAUGUAAUUUUGUUUCCCGUCUGUAAGUGACGUAAUCGCGCGCCCGAGGAGACGGAGCGCACUGUGUUGCGCGUUGUGUUGCGUAAAACGGAGCGUGUGCGUAAUUUCCAUCGUUAGUCGAUUAACGUGGGAUACCUAUAAGACCUUGAAAUUAAAGACAUUAGGAAGAUUGCUGGCGCAGAGGAAGAGAGAGAGAGAAAAGAACAAAGAAAGAGACUCAAGAUAAGAGAAAAGAUACACUUUCUUCGGGCUGAGAUAUCUCGGUUCCUUUCGCCUCUUCGAGAAGCGUUGAUAUGCGCAAUUUUCACGAUACAAUCGAGACAAACGGAAAUAUUUCGACGCUUUCUACGUGAGAAACAAGAGCGGGCGACGUCUGUUUUUUUUUCAAUAUAAAAAAGAUUAUCCGCCGCUGCGAGCUGUAUCUUCUAACUCAAUCGCCAAGAAACAAUCUAAACCUGCUAUCGCGAAGGAGAAAGUAGACGCUACAUCCAAUUUCGUGAAGACCACGUCAUCGAGAAUUACAAUCGAAGAGCAUUCUCUUUAGAAUCCUUCGUGUACCGUCAGCCUUCUGAUUUACGCGGGGAUCGCAGGAUUUUCAUUUCACGAAAGGAGAAUUAAGACCCAUUAUUGUCAUCUACGAGAGAGAGGGAGGGAGAAAGGGAGAAAGAGAGAGAGAGAUUCAAGGAUCACGCGCGUCGAUUUCGCAAAGUUAAUAUUCGAUUUUUGCCAAAGCCUCUCGUCGUUGCGAACGGAUGUAACACUAAAUCUUCAUCGGGGUCACGUCGAGGAGAGAAAAGCUCUUUUCCUCGGAAAAGCGACUCUCGCGUGGAUGCUCGAGCAACACCCAGUCUGAAACCCGUCUCGUGCAGUGACCCGCGCGCUUUCUCGCGCGACGCAGAGGUGCCUGCAGAGCGUGGAUCAGCGGAGUAAUCAGCGACUAUCUCUCGCCGCUCUCCGUAAUCGAAGCGACAAUCAAUUUGCUUCGAAUAUCACGCGCGCAUCAUCAGGCUGGUGCGGUCUAAGUACUACGCGAAACGGCGACUCUGCUUUUACGAGGCAGGCGCAUCCGGAGAGCGCAACAAUCGCGCCUGGCGAGUAUAUCGGCGAGCUACCUCGCGGAAUCGGUUUGGUAUUCGGCGCGAGAGGAGAGCGACCGCGUUUACGAGGACGCGGAGCGAGCGUAGCUGCGGAGAGGCUCUUGGUGCCUUGCUCACUCCGCGCGAUAAUCGUCGCCGUUCGCUUUCACCGCGGCCUCGGCUCGCACGGCGCGCGGCAGCGGCUGCUGCGAGGUAUUCCGUAAUAAAUCUAAUAGCAAGCUCGGAGUAACGGUUUACGACGAAUAUUAUCCGGCGUGAGCGGGACGCGGCGCUCAUCAGCGAUCCCGCGAGAAGAGCCGGCGAGCAGAUUGCGCGUCUUACGAAAUUACGCGCGGCGGUAACUCGAGGAGGAUUAGCGCGAAGCGAGAGGCGAGCCUGCGCAAGUGGGUCGCGAUAGAAAUUUAUUUUCACAAGAGUUCACGAGGUCCCACGUGAAAAGAGUGACCGACGACGAUUGGAUCGAAUCUCUAAUUCGCGCGCUGAUCGCAGCGCGAAUUCGACUCGUCGACGUUCGAGGAGCAAACACGGAGAAAAUCGAAUAGGAUCCCGACGAAGGAACGAGGCAUAGACGAUCGCCCGAAUGCGCGGCAGGACAUUGCCGAGGUUAUCAUCGCUCGUCGUGUGUACGAACGCGAUUUACCCGGUCGAUCGAUCAGCUCGGCGAUAAGAGAGGCGCGAGAUUCCACCGGGGUCAACCGCGUCGCUGGCGAUGUCACCGGCGGCGGUGUGAAGAUACGAGUCGCGAGGAUCGCGAGUUGCUGCUGGCACAACGUGUAUCGCGCUUGGUCGGCUGACGCAUCGCCUCUCUCUCUCUUUCUUUCUCUUUCUCUACCUUCUCUCUUUCUCUCUCUCUCUCUCUCUCUCUCUCUCUCUCUGUCUCUCUCAGAGAAGCCAAGCAGCGCAGUAAAAAGCCGGCAAGCUGGAUGCUACAGACGGUGCCUCGCCCCCUCCGCCCCCGCCCGACAUUACUGUCACGCAGGAUGACCGCUUCGGGAAGCGGACGGGCGGCAGCGCCAGGCGACCCAACGAAUGCUUCGUCCUCGAGCCCUCCGAGAUGAUUGUCAUCGACUACCCGGAAGUUCAUGGCGGAGGGAGGAUGCAUCGACCACCGCAUCCCCAUCCUAUAACCGACCACCGUCAGGUCAACCUGGUCUUCGAUGACACGUUCUCCCAGGGCCUUACGGGAAGGCCGGAACUGUAUCAGAAAUCAAAUAGGAGCAGUCAUUCAAGUGAUACAAGUUCAGCAUAUAGUGGAUCCGACACAAUGACAUCUGUACAAAGUUCGUUAGACGCGGAUCCUGAUGAGGUGGAUCUGUCAGGUCUUGUGGAAUCCAUUGUUGAUAGCGAUGAGGAGGAGGAUCUGGCAGAGAGCAUGGACAGUUUAACGGUGCGUGAUCCCGUACGAGAAUGUUUAGAAAAGGAUCCUGUUGAGAGAACAGAGGACGACAUAGAGACGCUUUUAGAGUUCACGCAACAAUUGAAGGCUUUCACAAACAUGACUUUGGCUGUCAGAAGAGCGCUGUGUGCUGUCAUGGUAUUCGCGGUAGUCGAUCGUGCCGGCAUGGUGGUCUUAAACGACGGUGAGGAACUCGACAGUUGGAGCGUGCUGAUCAACGGCGCUGUUGAGAUUGAACACAGCAAUGGCGAGAUUGAACAACUUGGUCUCGGAGAUAGUUUUGGUAUCUUACCUACUAUGGAGAGGCUGUUACAUCGUGGAGUUAUGAGAACAAAGUGCGACGAUUGCCAAUUUGUUUGCGUCACACAAGCAGAUUAUUUUCGAAUACAGCAUCAAGGCGAAGAGAACACAAGGAGGCAUGAAGAAAAUGGAAGGGUAAUUCUAGUGACUGAAUUGCGGGGAGCGUUGGAUGGUGCAGCGCGAAGGGGUCACGUGGUGAUUCGAGGAACGCCAGAGCGUUUGAUGUUACAGCUCAUUGAAGAAAACAGUAUUACGGAUCCUACUUAUGUGGAGGAUUUCUUAUUGACUCAUCGAACGUUCAUUGAUAGUCCGUUGUUAGUUGCAAGUCAAUUGCUGGAGUGGUUUGAUCAAGCGCAAGUGCGAGAUCGCGUUGCUCGCGUCGUACUCUUAUGGGUGAAUAAUCACUUUACUGAUUUUGAGACUGAUCCAGCAAUGAUGGAAUUUUUAGAAGCAUUUGAAACUGGCUUGGAAAGAGAGAAAAUGUUAGGACAACAAAGGUUGCUAAAUAUUGCAUGUGCGGCGAAAGCGAGAACACGGAACGUAACGUUAGCUAGGCCAAACAGGGACGAAGUCUUAAAUUUUAGCAUUUUAGGAGGAUUUGAGAGAGGUUUUGGUAUAUUUAUCUCAAAAGUUGAUAAGAGAUCUAAGGCUGAAGAUGUCGGUUUAAAAAGAGGUGAUCAGAUUUUAGAAGUGAACGGCCAAAGUUUCGAACACGUAAAUCAUGCAAAAGCUCUCGAUAUUCUGAGAGCUUCUACACAUCUCAGUAUAACUGUAAAAUCUAAUUUGCUUGCUUUCAAAGAAAUGCUUCAAAUGCCUGACAAUUCUCCGAGACCCCGAGGUAGAACAAAUAAGCCGGAAAUACCCAGGCUUCCAUCGGAUCCACGAGUUAGACUGUCAACACACGUAGAUCCCAUGACUCCUGUGAAUCCUUUAAAUCCCAUGAUCGGUGGAGUACCGUUAUUAAUUCCGGACAACAAUGUGUCGCCGUGCAAAGAUUCUAAAAAAGAGCACAAGGGAUUUAUGACUCUUGGACCUAAACGGCGAUUACAGAAAGCACUUAUGAAAAUGAAUAUACUGCCAAAGAAUACGAUCAACGACGGUGUACAUGUGGAUGACCCUCUUGCGCCACCACACACACCACCGGGAACAGGGCUUACGCAAACUACCACUAAUCUAUACCAUUCGAAGAGUAAUCCAGAUCUUACGUCGCUUUAUUGUUACGAUGAUUUGAGAGCAAACGAUUAUCCUGAACAUGUGCUCAAAGUAUAUAAAGCUGAUCAAACCUGCAAGUAUCUCCUUAUUCACAAAGAAACGACUGCUCAUGAGGUGGUGAUGCUUGCACUUCAAGAAUUUGGCAUAACAGAGAGCAGUUCAAAUUUUUCUUUGGCGGAAGUGAGCGUCGGCGAAGGUGGCAUGAUCAAACAGCGUAGAUUGCCGGAUCAGUUGCAGAAUCUUGCAGAACGAAUCGGAUUAAGCUCUCGAUACUAUUUGAAAACUAACGGGAUUUCCGAAACUUUAGUAGCUGACGAUCAAGCCCCAGAACUCAUUCGAGAGUCCCAAGUACAUUUUUUGCAAUUGAAUGCUGUGGAAGUAGCAAUACAACUGACUCUACAAGACUUUAGUAUAUUCAGACAAAUCGAAUCCACAGAGUACGUGGAUGAUUUAUUUGAAUUGAAAAGUAGGUACGGUGUGCCUAUGCUCAGUCAGUUUGCAGAACUAGUCAACAGAGAAAUGUUCUGGGUCGUAACAGAAGUUUGUUCCGAACAUAAUCUCGUACGGCGCAGUAAGAUUAUAAAGCAAUUUAUUAAAAUAGCGCGCCAAUGCAAGGAGUGCAAAAACUUCAAUUCCAUGUUUGCGAUCGUAUCCGGUUUGGGUCAUGGUUCGGUAUCGAGAUUAAGAGCUUCGUGGGAAAAACUGCCAACUAAAUAUCAAAGAUUAUUCAGCGAUCUACAAGAAUUAAUGGAUCCCAGUCGCAAUAUGAGUAAAUACCGGCAAUUGGUGGCGUCUGAACAAACGCAACCACCAAUAAUACCUUUUUAUCCGGUCGUAAAGAAGGACUUGACCUUUAUACAUCUUGGUAAUGAUUCAAGAGUGGAAAGUUUAGUAAAUUUUGAAAAACUCAGGAUGAUCGCGAAGGAAGUGAGAACAUUAACAAACAUGUGUUCGUCACCCUAUGAUUUACUUACUAUGCUGGAAAGGGGCGGGCAACCUCCAAGUUCCGCGAUGGUAGCUCUGAACCAAAUGACCACUGGCAAUCAAGGCGGCCAAACUGCGACGGUGAAACGACGAAAGAAAUCUACAGCUGCACCAAAUCCGAAGAAAAUGUUUGAGGAAGCACAGAUGGUUCGAAGGGUGAAGGCCUAUCUCGCAAACAUGAAAGUGAUCACCGAUGAAGAACGGUUGCAUCAACUUUCUGUCGAUUGCGAGCCACAUGCAGGAGCCGUUGCAGUUGCAGCUGCAGUACCGCUGGGUGGCAGUCGGGGAAGGAGGCAUCCGUCGCCUACUUUGUCGACUACAAGUAGCGCUAGUAGUACCAGUGAAGGCAGGAAGAGUAUACAAGGUACAAAAUUCGGCGCUGCGUCGCCGCAAGCAGUCAGGAAGAUGUUGGCUUUGUCCGAUCCUCACAAGACACGACCAUAUCAACCUAAACACUGUCCGCCGCCGCUACCUGUACCGGGAUUGGCGCUGCAUUCGAGCGGUUUGGAACCUAGUCCAGGUGCACCUAGAAGAGUAGGAUCUGGCAGCAGGGUACCGAUGCACGAACGGUCUCACAGCGAUACUCCUGCCAGCCUACCGCCACCUGUCGACCUCAGUGCGGAGAGUAGUAGUGUAACUAGUUUGAGCAAUCUUCAGCCACUGAGGAAAACUUUGACAAGUGGUUCGGUGACGAGCAGUGACAGUGGUCAUAGCACUCAACUGGACAGCCACAGCGGGAGCAGCGUGGAAGCGGGCGGCAGCCCACCGCCACCGCAAAGACGGCACUCCGCUCUGCAAGGGUCUGUUAUAAGAGGCGGAGCACCCCCGUUUCCUCACGCGGUAGCAGUGUUACCUCCGCUUCCUGCCAAUCAGAAUCAGAAUCAGAAUCACAACCACAAUCAUCAUCACCACCAUCACCACCACCAACAUUAUCACGAUCAUCAUCUUCAUCAUCACCAACCCCCAACUCCUCAAGGUACUACGGGAUUAGGAGUAAACAUGGGCCUAGGGAUGCCAACCCCGUUGCCACCGCCUGGAGCGGGGACUACGACCAUAAUGACGACGAUGAGUGCCAUGGCGGGCAACAUGACAUCGUCGUCGAUGCGAUCCGGCAUGAGUAGCGUACCGCAAUGCCGUCAACCACCGGCGUACAAAGUCGCGCAGCAGAUGGCAAGAUUGCACAGACUCGGUCGUGCUAACAGCCACGAAGGGGUCACCUAUCGGGGCACCGAUCACGAAGAUGGUACUAGCCAAAUCGCUCUACCGUUUACACACGGUUCACACUCACUCUCAUACACACGUCUAUUCGAUUUACGCUCGUUGAGGCGCUUCUUCUUACGUUCUCGUUGUCAACGUUCACGCACGGCGAGGAGUUUCGAUUUGUUGACGAAAGCACUCUGUCAGUUCACUACUGUCAGAAUAGCUUUCGUAAAAACUGUACCUCUCACGACCAUCAAUUUGCGCGAUAUUUUUAUUGAUUUUUGUCGUCUAAUAUUUUUUAUCAUGUUGUUGAAAAUGACUCUCUUAUCUUGAUGCUAUGCAUUUUCAAUUUUUGUGUAUUUAUUUAAAUGAUAAUGAUAAUUUUAAAGCUAUUGUUUUUUUUUCUGAUAUGAUGCUAGUUUAAAAAAUGUUUGCAAGCCAUCUUUUUUGAAAUAAUCUUUUCUAUUUCUAAAAGAAACUUGUGGUAUGACAUAGUUGAAACGAAAUUUUGAACAUAACAGUAAACACGAUUAAGAACACAAUUUUAAACACAAUAUUAAACAUAAUUAUAAACACAGAGACAAUAUUACCAUAUUGACAGAUGUUAUAUGAUUAUAGUACAUAGUGUAAAUAAAUAUUAUAUUUACUUGUAAAAUGAAAGAAAUGCCUGCAGAACGUGUUUGUAAAGUUUGUGUUUAAUCAAUGUGCUCGUCAUAUAGCAUUCAUUAAGCAUAAUCAUAUAAUUUUGUAAUGCAUAUUCAUAUUUGUUUGCAUUAUAUCAAUAUUUACAUUAGUGAUCAUUGCAUAAAACACUAGCUUGCCUAUAUCAUCAUUGAAUUUUGCAAUAUUACAACAUAUUAUAAAUUUUGCAUUUUUUUUGUUUAUUUUUUGCGUGAUAUCAAAGCAUGAUUUGUUGCUUGUCUAUGUCGCACGUUUUACUCUUUUAUUUUUUUGCAUUAAUUGUUCAUUUUUUUUAAAUUUAUCUACUUUAAAAUAUUUAUAAUUUUAGAAAAAAAUGCAAUAUGUUAUGUUUAUAAACAUCGCAUUAGCGAGAGACUCUAACAUGUAAAGAUAUAAAAAAUAAAAUUAAUUAUAUAUAAAAUUAGCUGCAUAUAUAUCAUAUAGCAUGGAAGUUUUUACAAUAGCUUUUAAUUUUUAGCAGAAAUACAUCUUCUCAUUAUCGAACAUUGUACCAUUGUAUUGAAAUAUUUUUGUUUUUGCUCUAGUUUAAACCGAUUAUUAUUAAAUGAAACAGAAUUGCACGCGUAUUGAUCCAAAUUAGAGUCCCUCGUUCUCCAGUCAUCACAUUUGGCACUUUAGUGUGCCAUUUACUAAGACACAUUUUGAAAUGUUGCAGAUGACGAAGACGCCCAAGUGUCGGCGGUUUAAGUGGUCCACGAGUUUCGCCGUAUCGAUUACUAUUUAGUUAAUUUCGUCAUACGAUUUCAAAAGAGAAAUCGUUUCUAGAUGAUACCAUAUACGAGUCGUUAAAGAAAAGAGAAUGCAAGAAAGAUCGACGACGCUCGUAAACUUUCUUCGUGAAUAUUGUUUUGCAUUCGUGAUGGUAGCAUUCUAAUUCGAAAGCUUUUGGUCGUUAAUAUGUAACAUUCUUUCUUGAGGCGCGGGCCAAUUUUCGCUUUGGUGGAACCUACUUAGACUUUACUACGUGUAAAGGCGUUUAUUCUUAUUUAAACAAAACGCUUGUCUUCCAAGGGUCCCCACGGCGAACCUGAAGGAAUCACCGAGAAUCUCAAGCGUUAAAAAUAUUUGUACAACGUAUAUCGUGGAAAGCGACAAAUAAAUGAUAAGCGGGACAAGACGGUAGGAGAAUACUUUUCUUUUAUUAGACUGAAGAAACGCUUCUCGAAUAAGCGCUCGUGAGCUUUCACGAGAUGGCGAGAAGCAAAUUAGCUGAGAGAGGAGAGAAAACGAUCGUAAUAUUCUAUAUAAAUGUGUAAUAAAACCAAGUCCAAAGAUGUGUUAUAUAUACUGCGUGUCGCCAGAGAAAGUACGAAUAUGACAGCGUGUCCUGUAAUAUAUACUUGGUAGGUUAAUCUUUAGUGUCCCAUAAUAGUGUAAGUUGGUGUAAAUAGCGUAGUGUUAUAGUAUUUAGGGAAGAGGAGCAAAGGGACUACGAGAGAUGAGACAAAGAUUCGUUGUUUAGAAUAGUGCGGUCUUGUGUUUAACUCAAUGGUUUCACAAGCAUUAUAUAUUUAAGAAGUAAAAAGAUUCGUCUCUUUAUCGGUAAAAAAUGGAAACGUCUCAUAAUCGUUUUAAAUUUCGUUUACGCGUUAUUCGAAAACGGUUUAUUCCAUUUUAAGCGCCUUCCUUUUAAAUAAAAAUUUCUAUUGCCAAUCUGGCUCUGGUACAGACUAUUCAAAUUUUAGAAGGAAAAUUGUACUUUUACGCUUUUGCUGAAUUUUAAUGCUGACACCGUAAUCAAGUACAAAAGAAAAAGAAUUUCUCGACGGCUACGAUUGAGAUAAUUGUUUUUCACAACAGCGCAAACUUUUUUAAGCGUCACUGAGCUUUACACGUUAGGAAACUAUAGCUCCAUUUAUUUUUAUAGAACGCAUAACGAAUUUUAACUUGUAAAUAAAUUAUUUUUCUAAUUUCAAUCUUUAGUUCGAUACUUAAUCAUCGAUGUUAUCAUCGUGUUUAUAUUCGUUAUUUUAUGAAUGCCGGGAUUAUUUGUUUAGUUUUACGGAUGUAAUAAUCCACAAUGUGCGAAAAGAUCUUCAGAUCGUAUGCCGUAGAAUUCGAGGGCAAACACAAAAGGAAGAAAUAACAUUUUCGCUACUUUACAUGUCGGUACGAGAGAAACGGUUGGCUUUAUUAUAGUAGAUUUAUCUAUGUAUAUUAUAUAUACACACAGAUACAAACAUGAGCGUACACAUGCAUGAGUGCGUACGCAUGCAUACACACACAUACGCUCUUGUCUAUUUACACGAGACUCAAGCCCUUUUACAAGUAUUAUAAAGAAAUUGUAAUUCACGUGCACGAUAUGUAUCGAUGCGUUAGCAAAGAGGGCCUAAUUACCCAGGCACCGUUUUUGCGAUUGCCAAGUAUGCGGAAAUCGAAAAAACGCGCGAGAGAAAAUAAGGAAGAAUGCAAAAGAGUGUGAAUGUGUGAGAAAGAUAAAAAGAAAGAAUAUCGAGGAUCAACACAGUACUUUUUUGGAUACUUGGAUCUCUGUUAUUAAUUACAUUCCAAACUUUGUCUUGCCGUGUUUACAUUCAUCGAUAAAUGCUUUCCUCUUCCGAUCAUCCAAAAAAAGUGAAGUCUCGUUUAUUAAAAUGCUGUUAAAUAGUCAUAUUAUUAAUAUUAGCAUACUAAUUUUCUUCUCCUCGAAAUCCAUAAAGACUGUGUUACUCUUCGACAUGGUUAAUCCCGAAGGAUCGGAAGGGAAUGUGUGAUCCAGCUCGGUCUUUUGGGACAGGAAUUCAAUAUACUUACACACAUACACACUUCAUAUUCAUAUAUUAUAUCUCUUUGUACAUAUCCUAACGACUUUUAAAUAUUAAUAUCCAACGUUCUCGAAAAAAAUUUUUAAGCGUAUUUACCAGUAAUUAAGGUUCUUCGUAAAGCAGUAUAAAAAAAAUUAAAUCAUUUUCUUUUCUUCAGAUUUGACUCGACAAAUCUACUUUUAUCUUUGUUCUUUCUCUCGUCAUCUUUUGCAUUUUAGGCGUACCAGGUUUUUAUGUCAUUCCACGUGCAUUUAUAAUACUCUCAAAAAGAACCGAAUUUUUAUCGAGAAUUCUGGAUAUCGCGAGAAUAUUAUUUUGCUUACGACGAUUGAGAUAUCAACAUGUUUCUAACAAUUUUUUUUUUAUGCAAGAAGUUUUUGCAAGAGACAAAAUUUUUAUACAAGAGUGUAUAAAAUAUAUACUAUUUGCAAUACAAAUUGGAACGCAGAAUUCUCGGUGGAAAUUUCAAUUUCAUAUUAUUCCAGUAAAAUCAUGUAAACAACUUUUUAAUGGCGUCAUAAAUUUAGUCUCGAAUUAAAAAGGAGUCUGGACGCUUUGUAGUUAACACACACACUUGCUCUUUUCUUUUAAUAAAAUUCGAUAAGAAACAAUACAGUGCGAACACGCGAGAAUGUUUAUUGUUCGAGAAAUGUAAGUUAAGACGGGCCGCAUUUUCUUCCGUCUCUUUCUUUAAUUUUAUUUAUAUCAUGCCUCGUUCUGUUGUUUUAAUUAUUUAUAACCCCGAGAUAUAUUCGUCUAUAUAACGCGGACAGCAAGCAACAGAAAAUCUUUUGUAUUUAAUUUGUUUAAUAAAACUUGAAUCAUAGUACAAUGUCUCCCGUCUUUUCAGUUUCGUUCGUUCGUUGUGAUCCUAUCCCGCACAUCGAGAUCCAUCUUCCACGCUUAUUUGUUACCGAUUUAUAGUAGUACAAAAACCAAUACUUUGACAAACAAUUCUUCAAGGUUUAUACACGUAUACACAUUUCUACUUCGCGAAAUACAACAAAGAAAAAGCAUGACAGAGAAGAAGAUUUAUAUUUUAAGAAUUAGUUCUCUGUCGAUAUAGCGCGAAAAGAUAGCACACGUCUGAAAGAUGUGCUAUGAAAAGAAGAUUAUUGCGUCUCUAAGUAGAGCACUAAUCUUAUCUUCAAGUCGUAUUUUCAGAGUCGUUUAAAUGUCAUAUGUUUUUCUAGAACUCGAAAAUUGUUCAAAACAGAGAUGUUUGUUCCUCAAUCUUGUUUUUCUUUUUAUGCUAAAAGGGAGAUUAUAAUAUCAACAGGAGAUAUUUAUAUGUACGCCUGGGUCGCCUGUGUAACUUUGUACAAGUAUCUAAGUUUCGAGAUUUACUUUGUAUUAACAAAACCACUACGCACGGAAUUUUUUUUCAGCGAUUUCAGAGGAGGUACAUCGAAUUUUUUAAUUUAAUUAUCCUCCGGAAUGUGUAUUCAUUAAGAAGCGAAGAGCCAGGAGCUUUUCGAGACACAAAGGACCACAAAACUCGUUAAUUUCUCUAGUCGUGAGAAUAUGUUUCUUAAAAUUCUCGCGCGUUCGAAGAGUGAAGCGCUUAUAGUACUACGCGACUGAAUGUAACCGGUACCAUGCGUAUAGCGGGUCGUCCGUUGGAACGAAAUUGAUAAAUGAUACUACUACUACUAUUUUGUACGACACGAUGUUUUGUAUAAUCUGUCUACCGUACGUGUAGAGAGGCGGAGAGAAAAGUCUACCGAUCACUAUAUAAGUGGCAAAAUAUUAUAUCGAAUGCAUAUUUAAGAUCACCAUUUGUAGAUUUUGCGCGCAUAGGUGUUAUGGUCCCAUUAAUGUAAAUCCCUCCCAGCAAAACAAUAUAUGAAUAAUUAAAGGAUUGAUAAGGAA